AUGGCUCCGCUCCGGUCGGCGCCGCAUGUGGAAGAGGUUCGCCCGCGCCAGAAGCGUCGCCGCGUCGCGCCCGAGAUGGAGACCAGCGAGUCGCUGCCAGUAGCGGCCGUCGACGACUUCCAAGCGCACGCGCACCGGCGGCGGCAGCGAUACCGCGCUCAUUGGGACGCGUACCUCGAGAACCAAAAGUACUACAACGCGUCCGAGACGCCCGUCACGACCGCGUCGCCGUACGUCAAGCGGCUCUAA